AUGGCUGACUUGAGACAUAACAGCAACAGCUCCGGAGAGGAUCGAGGAGGUGUGCGCCUUUCCGACCACUCACCUCCUGAUAAUUCUUCGUCGCGCCAGCAGCACCAUCACUCAACCCCAAGCUCAUCGGCCAGUACUAUUGUGUACGAGAAGUCGCCUCCUGACGUUUUUGGCCCCGAACUUUGCCAAGGCAGGGUUGGCCAGCUCUAUCAACAGGACUACCAUCAAAACUAUCAGCUUCCUGCUCCACCAGAAUUCCAUACUACUCCCAGCCAAGGAAGUGCCAAACGCGGCGGUCCUUCUCGCUCGCAGAAUUCAACCAGCUUUUGUGCGGGUAAGUUGUCUAUUCGCUCCGACGGCACAAUUUUGGCAACUCCUACCGGUCGUCCAACUGCCGAGCCUUCCUCCGCUGGAUAUCGGCCGGCCUUUGCGACGCCCCAAAGCGGCUUUGGACCAACCCCUCCUGCUGUCAAGGCACCUGGCAAUACUCCCAACGCUCCUUACAGCGAAGUUCGUCGUGCCCAACGAGCUCUUCCUACCAUUUCCGAGGAGAAGGGAAAACUUGCAGCAAACAAUCUCGCCCACUCCAAGCCAGUUGUCGCAGAGAUGGCUGCCCACUGCCAGAUCGACGGCCCUUUGGCCGGUCCUAUCCGAGACAAUCGCCGUUCUGAGCUCGCCCGAAACCACCCGGCCUGGAUUCCUGCCCGUCAGGUUCAGGCGGGUAUCAUGACCACGCAGCAGGCCAUUCGCCGCACUCCCGGAAUCCCCAGCAAAAUCGCCAACGAUCUUUGCGAUGGUCUUCAGAAGUAUGCACAAGAUGUCAACAACAUGCUUCGCCAAGCGAUCAACGAGGUCGCUGACUAUCGUCUCGAUAUUGAGUACAACGAGAAGGUCCUUUGCUCCACGAAGCUAGAGGCAAGUAUCAUGCUUGAGGAACGCGACAACCUCAAGCGUGAAUAUGCCGAGCUCCAGAGCAAGCAUGAUGAGGUUGAGAAUCGGCUCGCUUGCUAUCACGUGGAGACUGAGAAGUACAAGAACAAGUUGCGCGAGUAUCAAGCCAGACUUGAUCAUGAGAACAACGAGGAAGAAACCACUCAGGAAAUCAUGCGGGAGUUGGUGGAGACUGUCAAGGAGUUCUUAUCUCGUCCUACUUCCCAGUGGCUGGUUACGCGAAACGAGGAAGGCUCACCUGGCAAGGUUAUCACCGCCCUGAGCGCUUCCAGUAUCGCUGCCUUGGAGCAGCAGGAGAAUGAGAUUCCUCGCUCUCAGAAUGUGCAGAAGCAGCUGGUUCCGACACGCGCUACCAUCAAGUCAGAGCACAGUGAGACAAUGCCUUCUAUGGACAAUGCGCUGCAGCCAUUCAACUACCAGCAGCAGCCAUCUCAAAUCUCCGGAAUGCCCGAUACAUCUUCUCGCCACGGGCCACCCACUUGUUAUCCCGGCAUGUUCAGUCACUCUCGUCGCCCUACCGACAACAGAACCACUUCUUCCGCCGGUUGGACUCGUGCUUCAAGUGGUGCUUCUGUGCAGCAACAGAUGCCGCCAGCUCGCUCCUAUUCGCGAUCUGGAGAUGCUCGCAGCUCUUUCAAUGGUGGUUACAAGCAGCCAAACGAGUUCGGCCUCUCUGGUAGUUAUGGUGCUCAGUUUGCCAUGCAAGCUCGCCCUGGUACUGCCAUGGGUCAUCGAGGAUUCAACCCGCAACACUCUUCUUUCCGUCCCAAUGCUCCAGAGUUUCAUCCCGGAAAUAGCAGCAGCAAUGGCGGUUUUGACAAUGCCGAAAGCUCCUAUAGCUACAGCUAUGGACCUGGAUCAAGUGCUGGCUCUCGUCGUGGCCUCAACACCAGGGCUGACCCUUUUGAGAGCCCAACGCCUCGCUCCAUUAGCCGCACUGGAUUUGGCAACCUCGAGGGCCCUUCGUCUGGCUUCACGGGGGCUUCUCCUUUGAUCCCGAGAACCCCUGGUUUCGGCUCCACUCAGCAGUAUUACAAUAGUGCUCCCACCCACCGUGGUUCCCAAUCUCAGCAGAAUCACCCCUCCAGAUGUUCGGGUCAGAACUACCACGCGGCUGAGUACAAUCACGGAGGCUUCACCCCUGGCCCCCUCGGCCAUGGCAGCAACGGCAGAUCAGUCGGUAAGCCCGCGAGUGUUACCGGGACCUUGACUUCUGUACCAGCUUUCGGCCAAGACGACAGCGGCGAUACCGAGCGCUAUGCUCGUGCCUUCGAAGGGAUUGCGCGCUACAUGACUACGCUGUACUCUCCUUUUAGCGAACACCAAGCCUGGUCCUACAUUCGACAGCACAUGAACGACAGCAUGACCCGCGCUUGUCUCAUCUCUCGCGCCAUUAUCGACUUGCUUGUUCAUCGCAUCUUCGUCUUUGAGGCUUGGCAGGGCUUCUCUGUUGACGCUGAUCGCCAGAUUGGUGAGAUACGCUAUGAGAUGAACAACCUCCCUGCCGGCCAAGGCGGUGCCCUCCAGGUUUGCAUUGACCGUGUCGCGGCGAUCGUCAACUCAUGCAUCAACCAUGAGCGCUACGACGCCUAUCGCAGCCACCGUAUCGAGUACUUCCAAGCCGAAUUGCGCGAGAUGCUCGCUCCUCUCAUACUGCCUGAGUCCGAGGGUGGCCCCAACUUGGAUGAUGCCGAUGAUGCUCUUCGUGACAUGAUCGAAAAGGCCUGGUCCAUCUCUGCGAAGAUGUUCACGUCACGCUGCACCUUCGAGUUUCGCUUUCCCGAUGCUGGCUCUCGCUUCAGCACUCAGACCAUGGUCGGCGUAGCACCCAACAUUGACCCUCACAUCCUGCAGGCUGAGCACUGGCGUGUUCAGUUGGUCGUCACCCCUGUCAUCACCGUUCGCAACGACACAGGCGCGACUAUCUCAGUCGCUUCCAUCACAAGCGCCCACGUCAUCUGCAUGAAAUGA